UAGCAUCUGACACUCAGCACUACUUCCAUCUGUGUUGACCAGUUCCUGGUCUCCAGAGUCUUUGUGACAUCAUAUUCAUAAGAAACUGAUCAGCUGAGAUUUGACAGAAAUAUUAGUGGCAAGAACACAUUCCUCCGCAAAGCUUUUCAGACGUACAUCACCUCACAUGUUAAAUGAGAGUUUCCAUGUUAAUUGAGAUUGCUGCCGAAGAUGCAACCUGGAUAAGAUCUGAAAUCAAAGCUUGUCACCAUUGGGAACAUCCUUCGAAGAAUACCCUACCAAUUGUACAGUGUGUAAAAUGUUUGAUUUUUAGUGCUACAGAUUUAAAAGAAACUGAUCGGAUUAGAUUUAACAGACAUAAAAAUGUAAAAUCCUCAAGAACACACACCACCGCCAAGGCUUUUACUGUCGACAUUUAUCAACUGCUAAAGCAUACCAAUACCUCAAAUGUUAGUUUUUUAUUUUUAUUUUUUAACAUGGAUCCAGGAGAAACUGAUGAUCUGAGAUUGGACAGAAAUGCAAGUGUCAAAGUCCCAGAACUCCAGACCUCCAACAAGGCUUUUAUCGCCUGCAAAAUCAUACCACUGCCUGACCUGUUAGCAUGGGUCUGGAAGAAACUGCUCUGGUUUGACCAGUCUCAACAUGGCAAAUGAGGCUGUGGCCGUGCAACUGGAGCGGGACCGGCUGAUAAAAAUCCAAGAUGUCCUGAAGGAACUUCCGACGCCGCAUUACAGGACUCUAGAGUUUCUGAUGUGCCACCUCGUCAAAAUGGCUUCGUACUCGCCCCAGACCAACAUGCAUGCCAGGAACUUGGCCAUCGUCUGGGCCCCCAAUCUGCUUCGGUCAAAGGACAUAGAGGUGUCCGGCUUCAACGGCACCGCCGCCUUCAUGGAGGUCAGGGUCCAGUCCAUCGUGGUGGAGUUCAUCCUCACACACGUUCCUCAGCUGUUUCCUGAGCCGAGUGUGGCAUGCAACAGGAGAAAGUCUCUUCCCUCCCCGAUGGCCAUCUCCGGCCAGGAGGAACCCCUGUUCAAUGCUCAGCCUCCUGCCAACUUUGGACACAUCAGUCCAGGGGAUGGUCCAAUUCCAAUGAGACCAUACCACGCUAUCAUAGAAGGCACCGACAAGAGGAAGGGCUCCUUCAAAGGAAGGAAAUGGAUCUCCAUUUUCAACAUUGGCAGUCGGUUUCAUGACCCAAGAAGACGGCAUAAACACUCGGCUAAAGAGAAAGACAGACCGGUGUUGCGUCCAGCUCGAAGCAUGGACUCACUCAGCAUUUCGUCAUAUUCAAAAGAAGAUUGUAUACGUCCUCUGCAUGCAUCACGUUCCGCCAAAAUGUCGGGCUUGGAAGUUAUGUCGUCACCAAGCCCGUUAGGCGGAAGCGAAUAUGCCGUGACCUACCGCAGGGGAACGGGACUUGUGAGCGGGGGCACCCAGGGCACCUACACGGCCCUUGACCCCGAAGGCUUGGGAGGCACAGACGGCGACUCUGUCCAAACCAGGUCGCCGGGACUCUCCACGAAGGCGGGUCGGAGAGCGGCCAUGCACAUCACCGGCCCCACUAUGGUCACGGUGCCGCUGCACAUCACUUCCAACUUGGCUUUGGGCCUUCUACAGGGAGGCGGGAGCGACCGGGUAGUCCACCGCGGCAGGGAUAAGGAGGAAGGAGAUAAAGUGGAGAGGAAGGACAAUGUAAGAAUGGAAAUGAAAGUUGAAGAACUUAGGGAAAGUAAAGAAGAGAAGAAAGAGGUGACACACAGAAAGGAAACUGUCCUAGUAGAAGAUGCAAUUGCUUUGGUUGACAAGGAAGAAGAGGACAAGAAUGAGGAAGCAGUUGGGGAAGACUGUACAUUGGAGCUAGCAGCAAAAGAAACAUGUGCCAAAAGCUUGAAUUAUAAUGUAGAUGAAGAUGUUUGUCAACAAGAUUAUGAAGAAAUGCAAGGAGUGGCAUCAGCUGAAUGCCAUGAAAACAAUGUUUUUGAUUCUUCUGACGUCCUCAACUCCACCGAGGUGGGGCAGGACGACCAGGAGCUGUCGGGCUAUGUUCAAGACAACUUUGAAUUCCUGGAUCACAUGGACUGCAGCUUCUCCUGUCAGAUUCCUCUCCACUUCCUGUCGGACUGUGUAAACGAAGUAAACGAAUUCUCCGUUGAACCUCCCGGACGUUCCGACGACGAAUAUGAACUCAUGGAGCAACCCUUGCAUCACACCGCGGGGCCCGACACCAGCCCAACCGUGAGCCCUGAAACAAACAGCCAGCUUAAGUCCCACAGGCCGCAUAGUGUUGAUGUGAAUGAGAGACACGCAAAAGCCCUCAGCUUGCCUCACAUGACCUCGCCCGUGUGCGAACCAGGGAAAUGUUGUUCUGACAAUGAAGACGAUGCGACAGAUGACGACAUGACUGACUACUACAGCAGUGAUGAAGACAACAGCUUGUUCGCUAAGAGCCUCCCUGCGGACUUCUUUCUAAGUAAUUCGUGUGAUCUUGAAACAAAAGAUGCGCCAGCCAUUACUGUAGAUAGCAUGCCGUUGGACCAGUCAUGUGAAGAAAGGGAAUUUAAUCCUGAAUGCUCUACCUGUAAGCAACAAAAUGAUGGUGAUGAGAGCCAGGACGACAUAGACAUAGGAGAAGAGACAAUACCACUAAACGAAGAGCGAGUCGACCAACCGGAAGGCAACAGUCGAAGAAACGACGAUUUCAGAAUCAAGGAAGAUUGUCCAGGACCUCUCCUCUUAGAAGUGCUAUCACACCAUUGUGAAGACUUAUCAACGCAAGAGCACACGGAUGAAUCAAGUAUUAAGGCCAAAGACAAUUUAGAGGUGGUAAAUGUCAGGCAGGAAGAGGAUGAAGAAAUCCAUCACUUCUCCAUCCCUGGUGGUGCUCAAAAUGAAACAUCUCCAGAAGAGGAACUCCUAGAUGUUUCUGAAGAGACUACGGAGGAAUGUAAGGAGGACCACGAUGAUGGAGAAAGGGGUAAAGGGACUGAGGAGGUGAAUCCUGAAUGUAUAAUAAGUACACUGGGAAAUCUCUCAACAGAAGAUGGCAAGGAACUGAGUUUGGGAAGGACACAGGAGGACGGCUUGGGGAUGGAUGACGCCUUUGUGAAAAUCUGGGACGAGCUCGAGGAGGUUGUGUGUGAACUGAUCGAGGAGGAAGAAAGAAAGACAGUGGAGGUCGGCGAUAGCGGCGAGACCAACAAAAUAGUGACAACUUUGGGAAAGAACCCAGAGGAUAUGGAGAUCAACUUACCAGAGAGAUGUGACCAAGAUGGAGCAGUUAUGGACACAUUAGUGCCCAAAGAAGGCGAACCAAUCCCUGAGGAAGUAACAGAAACGCCAAGUCUUAGAAAUACAGCCCUGAAAGCGGUCAGGUCUGACAUUCCAGAGUCCAGAGAAGGUGUGAGUGUUGAAGAGCGAGGACCAGAGAGCUGUGUACAGGAAGUGGUUACAGAAUUGUUGAUGCCCAAAGACAAACCCAUACUUGAGGAAGUGACUGUGCGGCCAAGUCUGAGAGAUACAUCCCUGAAAGAGGUCAGGUCUGAUGUACCGGAGUCUGGAGAAGGCAUAAGGUUUGAGGAGGGAAGCCCAGCGAGGUGUGAACAAGAAGGUACUGUUCCAGAAAAGUUGGUGCACAAAGAAGACAGACAAAUUUCUGAGGAAGUGACAGUGACACCAAGUCUUAGCGAUGCACUCCUGAAAGAGGUGAGGUCUGAUGUUCCAGAGUCUAGGAAAGGGUUGAGAUUUGAAGAGCGAGGACCAGAGAGUUAUGAACAAGUAGGUGCUCUUAAAGAAUUGCUGGUUCCCAAAGAAGACAAACCCAUUUGUGAGGAAGUGACAGUGAUGCCAAAUCUUAGAGCUAUAUCCCUGAAAGAGGUCAGGUCUCACGUCCUGGAGUCUGGAGAAGGCGUGAGGUUUGAGGAGGGAGGCCCAGAAAAGUGUGAACAAGAAGGUACAAUUACAGAAAAUUUGGUGCACAAAGAAGAGAAACACAUUUCUGAGGAAGAGACAGUGACACCAAGUCUUAGUGACUCACUGCUGAAAGAGGUAAAGUCUGAUGUUCCAGAAUCCAAGGAAGAGUUGAGAUUUGAAGAGCGAGGACCAGAGAGGUGUGAACAAGAAGGUACUCUCAAUGAAUUGUUGGUGCCCAAAGUUAGAGAUACACCCCUGGAAGAGGACAUGUCUGAUGUUCCAGAAUCCAGGGAAGGUUUGAGAUUUGAAGAGCAAGGACCAAAGAGGUGUGAAAAAAAAGGUACUGUUAAAGAAUUGUUGGUGCCCAAAGAAGACAAAUACAAUUGUGAGGAAGUGACAGUGACGCCAAGUCUUAGAGAUUCACCCAUGGAAGAGGACAGGUCUGAUGUUCCAGAGUCCAGAGAAGGAGUGAGGUUUGAAGAGCGAGGAAUAGGAAGGCAGCUGGUCAUCUCCAAACUGCCCAAAGUUUACCAAGUGAAAGCGGUGCCAGUAGUGCCACCCAAGCCCCAACACUGCAAGCUAGCCGCCCGGAGUCUCCGACAACAACAGCAGCAGCGAGAGAGGAGGGACACCGACGCGCCAGACGACGUUGGCGCCAUCUGCGGCAGGGACUCGCCCCGGAACAGCCCGCUCAGCAUGUGCUUCGACGAGGCUGUCGCCAUGGCCACCAUGAGGCGAGAAAAGGAGCGCGAAAGCGAGCGAGAGCGGCAACGGGAUUGGAUGGGUGAAGUCCAGUGACGAUCCAAAGCGACACUACUCACUAAAAGUUAAUGAUAUUGGACUUCCGGGUGAAAUUUUAGGACAAACCUUUAAUGCAGUAUAACCUUUAAAGGGGAACUUAAAGGCCCAAGAAAGUGACCAGAAAAAUGUCAUACCACAGAGAAGAGUAUUGUUGACAAGCCUGCCAAAUUUGAAUUAAUAAAAAAGAAAAACAGCAAGUAUAUGAAAUCAGGCUUAAAAAUGGAGACGUUAUUUCAGCUUUCAGACACUGUGGGGCGUGUUGUUGCAAGCUCUGACAACCCCACCCCGCGGAACUUCCAGCUGUCAGUCAAAUAUUUGGCUUCUCUCUUGGCUCCUUCCCAGCGAUGCACACGCUCUCACGGGCCGCAGUGAGGUACUCCGUGGCGGCCAGGCAGCCUCUGAGCCUCGGCGUAAUGACCGGCCGCCGUGCCAGGACAAUUUUCCUCUCCUUUGCCUCGGUUGAAAUUCAGUUGGCCGUUGGCAUCGGCAUGCUGCCGUGGCCGCCUCAAGUGCACUUGGUACCUUUAUAGUGGCGGAGGGCCGACUCAUGCUGGGUGCCCUGUUUAUGUCACCUGGCCACCGUUGCAGCUACGGCCAAGGAAUCUGGACAACUGAGAUGGUGACAAAGAGCUUAAUGCUACAUCUCAAUAAUUCAGUACUAAAUUGUUCUGUCUUUGAACGUUUUCAACACUUAAAAACAUAUUUAGUGUAUUUAGAAAAUUAACACGAAAAUGACUGUACUGGAUCUUUAAUUGGAGCUUCUCUAAAUUUUUUGUUGAAUUUUCUCUAAAUCUAACUGUUCAAUGUUUCACUACUUUUUGCACAACUUGCUGUUCUCUAAGCUGAACGAUAGAAUUCUCACAGAAUUUGUCCUACUACGACAAAGAGCGUACUAGUCCAUGGACAUCAAGCAUACUGAAUACCAAUUGUAUAUAAAUAAAGCAGGAAAUGUAUUGGUCCAUUCAUGGAUCAAACACCUGCUGUGAAUUUUGCCGUUCAGCCCCUUGUUAGAUAGAUAACAUCAAAUUGUGCAAAAAGCACCGAAACACUGAACAGUUGUUUGUGCAUUCAAAAGUUGAAAGAAGGUCAAUUUAAUUUCACCUGUAAAGUUUGUAGUGCAGUUUAGGUCCAUCCUGAAGUUUCCCCCGAAAGUCCAAUAUCCCUAACGUUUUAAAUGAGUAGUAUAUUUCUGUUGAAUAUUUCCUCGGGACAUGUGAAUAUGGGCCAGUUUUUGGUGAAUGUCAAAGUUUGUGACAGUUCGGGAUGGGGGGGGGGGGGGGGGGGGGCUCUUUCACAGCCAAGUACUUAACACAUAUCAUUGUUAGUCUUGACUAAACUUCAAAUUGUGCUCACUUCACGUCUGCUAGCUAUUCGUGAAUAUGUACAGUUUUUUAAAGAAAUAUAAAAUAAACACCUCAUCUUCUAUGAGCCGUCUGCCAUUUUUUAAAAUUCAUACUUAAGGUGUGACUUUCCGUCUGCCAUUGACUGAAAUGCAUUUGUAAAUGUGUUUCAAUCACCAUCUGCUAUUUAAAAAAAUCAUAAAAGGUGUCAGUUGCAAUCUUCCAUUCAUUAAAAAAUACAAUUAAAUCAUAUUUGAGGUCAGAAUGUUUAUUAACUAUUCUCAUUAUUUUAAAGAAAUAAACAUUUAAGGUGUUAAUUAGCAUUACAUUCUUUAAAAAAAAGUUGUUGUUUUUUUAAAUCAAUUACUGUCUGCCAGUUUUAUGAAUAAAAAAACAAGGUGUCAAUUAUUGUC